AUGCCAAGGAAUUCCGAACUUUUUUUCAAAAUCAUCUUCUCACCACAAGUUGCCAACACCGUGCUAGGAUUGUUAGUUGCGAAGUUCUAUUUGGAUUGGCCACAAAAAUAUGGCUACCCUGUAUUUGCAAUCUACUAUUUUCUUAUGGCUUAUGAGUUCUUCUGGUACGUGAAAGCAAAUUGGCGCGCUGCAUUUUAUGGAGAAGAUGAUGUCGUGGAAGAAGAGGAAGUAAGAAAUGAAGAAAACGAAACCUAUGACGAAAAUGAAAAAGAAAUCGUAGUUCCGAAAGUAAUCCCACGUCCACGACUAAUUGAGUAUCCGCCACCUGUUGACUCGGAAGACGAGUGUGUAAAUGAAACAGAUGAGGAUGACAGCGAUUGUGUCAUAGUGGAACUUCCGGACGACGACACCGACGAUGAAUAUCACGAGGCGUCAGAAGGAAUGUGA